AUGUGGAGGCGCAGCACGGCACCGUCGGUCGUCCAUGCGAAGUGUCCACCGAUUGUGGCACUGGUAACUACUGUGCAGGCAAUAAGCGAAAUAAAUCCUGGAGAAUCUGGCUGCACGCAGAAUCGACAGUGUGAAGCAGUGUGGCCAGGUGCGUACUGUAGGUCGGGUGAGUGUCGAUGCGCCAACAACCAACCGCCAUUCAGGACUCGGGAUGGAUUAGUGUGUCUGAAUUACGGGUUUUGUCCUCUGAAUGGCAACAAUCCAAAAUUUCGGAUCGAAAAUCAAGUUCAACAAUGUUACGGUGGUUCAGAUGCCACUUGUGAAGCGAUUGGCGCCUUAGCGUAUGACUGUAUUUGUGACAAGGAGGACUGCACCGUCAACAAUCCAAUUAGCUUCUGCUGUCCAUCGCGAGGUUGCUGCUUGUUUGACUGCCACAAGGCGACCGAAUUAGUUGAUAAUUGA